CUGAAUCACCGACGAGGCGCUGGGAAUCCGGAGAACUCGCCGCGGCAAUUGCGGGGGUUCCAGUCCUUGGAUUUCUAUUGGGCCCUGGGUCCCCGCCCCCGUCCUCCCUCUUCCCGGGCCCAGCGGACUGGGAGUGGCCUGCGCACGCCCGCCCAGCCCGGGUUUAAAUGCCCACUAGCGGGAGCCCGGGCGCUUCUGUCUGGUAGCGCGGUUCCGGCUGGAAUUUCAGGGGCUCGGGGAGGGCAGCGUGCGAGCAGGGGACAGAGCUGCGGAGCUCCGAUGCCUCCCGAGCCCGGGUCCCAACACCGCCCAUGCAGCAUCCCUGCUCCCCGCCAAGCCACAGUGGAUAACAAGACACUUAAACUUCUCCGCGGCGAGGAGCCAUGAGCUGUUUGGAUGUUAUGUACCAAGUCUACGGUCCUCCACAGACUUACUUCGCAGCUACCUACACCCCCUACCACCAGAAACUAGCCUACUACUCCAAAAUGCAGGAAGCACAAGAGUGCAAUGCCAGCCCCAGUAACAGCAGCGACAGAGGCAGCAGCUCAUCCUUCUCCAGCCAAACCCCGACCAGCAUAAAAGAGGAGGAAGGCAGCCCAGAGAAAGAGCGCCCACCAGAGGCAGAGUACAUCAACUCCCGCUGUGUCCUCUUCACCUAUUUUCAAGGGGACAUCAGCUCCGUGGUGGAUGAACACUUCACCAGGGCCUUGAGUCAACCUAGCAGUUAUUCCCCAAGUUGUACAAGCAGCAAAGCCCCAAGAAGCUCUGGUCCCUGGCGGGACACUUCCUUCCCCAUGAGCCAGCGCAGCUUCCCCGCUUCCUUCUGGAACAGCGCGUACCAGGCACCGGUGGCCACUCCGCUGGGCAGCUCCCUGGCCGCCGCGCACUCGGAGCUGCCCUUCGCCGCCGCCGACCCCUACUCUCCGGCGCUGCACAGCCACCUGCACCAGGGCCCAGCCGAAGCCUGGCACCACGCUCACCCGCACCCGCACCACGCGCACCCGCACCACCCCUAUGCGCUGGGCGGCGCCCUGGGUCCCCAAGCCGCCCCCUACCCGCGACCGGCGUCGGUGCACGAGGUCUACGCGCCGCACUUCGACCCGCGCUACGGGCCGCUCCUGAUGCCCGCCGCCUCGGGGCGCCCCGCCCGCCUCGCUCCCGCGCCCGCGCCCGCGCCCAGCAGCCCGCCCUGCGAGCUCUCGGCCAAGGGCGAAGCCACCGGCGCCGCGUGGGCUGCGGCCGGGGGGCCCUUCUCCAGCCCCCCGGGGGAUGUAGCCCAAGGUUUGGGCAUCAGCGUGGACUCAGCUCAUCAUCAUUAUUCCCUCUGUGGCGCGUCCUUCCUGAGCUGAUGUGCUGACCCAAGGUUUUUCCCUUCCUUUGCCUUCUGACCAGUCAUGGAGGGUCAACAUCUGUGCCUAACAUUUCAUGGAUGAGGACAUGGGGGAGACAGACACUUCAGACUUCUCAGUGUUGGGAAAACCAAAUCAAACAUCUGCAGGAAUCUCAUCUAAAAGCAGUUGGUUCUACGAAAGAGUAGACUCAGAGACUCUAGAAGGUCCUGUGGCCUUUGACCAAAUCACUGGAAAUGGCUGUGGUGAGAUCUGUUGGGUGGUAUAUUGUACAUUUUUCUUGGGAAGAGGGGAAAAAAAGUUUUGUGGAUAUUUUAAUGCUGACUUUAUGUGAAUUUUUUCAGUUAGUGGUGUGUUUAUAGCACUACUAAUUCAGUAUCCUCAGAUUUAACGUGUAUUUGUACUUGCAUCAAAGACUGUGGUAGUGAAGCAUAAAAAGAAGCUAGCUCCUUUUUUUUUCCUAGCCCCCUUCCUACUUGAUUGCUUGUUGCAGCAGAUGCAAAGACACACUUUUUUCCCUCUGGACUAUGAACAUGGAAGUCUCAGCCUGAAAGUGAGUGGCAAAUGGCUUAGCUGGAGCCACCUGCCCAAAUCUUACUGAAAUGCAGCUGUUGCAGGACAACUGUUUAAAACUCCAGAAAUACUUUGACCAAGGUGGCACUUCCCGCUGUUUGGCACAGUAGCAAUUGCACUAGAUAUGUAUGUGUGUAUAUCAUAUUUUUUACAAGGAACGUUUUAUAAUGAAAGAAGAAACCCGUCUGUCUCUUCUGCAAUUUGUCCCUCCCUCUUUUCUCGGCUGGAUGUAACCCAACUGUUUCCAUGAAGAGCUAGGAAUCCCUACACCAGGAAGAAAUCUCCAUGGAAAACACCAAUACCUCUAAUAUUUUUCUCUGUCUCUGUGGUUAUAAUUGGUCAUGUUAAUGUUGGGACAGGGUAGGGGCUCUGUAUGUGGGCAAAGCUGAGGGUGAUGAGGAAGAAGAAAUGAACAUUAAAAAUAUCUGCUUACUACAA